UCGAAUGGAUCAGGACUAACUUUGGAGAAUGCCCGGAAGAGGCCGACGAGGACACUCGGAGGACGUACGCCCGCGUGUACUUAUGGUACAUGAUUUCGAGGACUCUCUUUCCUGACAGUGGGGGGAAGCUGGCCCAUUGGUGUUGGCUGAAGGCGCUUACGGUGUUGGAUAACCGGUGGAGUUGGGGAACAGCGGCACUUGCCUACCUCUACCGGCAGUUGGACGAAGCUUGUCGCAGGUCUGGGAGCGGCGGUAUUGGUGGAUGCAUGCUCCUACUUUCCGUAUGGAGCUGGGACCGCCUAUCAGUUGGGCGGCCCAGGGUACUCAACGAGAGGCCAUGGCCUCAUCACCCUCACUUUCCUGAUCGGGAGCCCACUUGGGCAUACCUUUGGGACAAUGUCUCGGAGAUGACGAGCGAUCCAAAGAUCAUGUACAUGCAGUACACUGCGGAGUUGGACACUCUUACCGCUGAGCAGGUGGAAUGGGAGCCAUAUGGUACCUACUACCGUAUUGGCGCGUCGAUGACUGACCUCAACCACAAGUGCACGGAGGAGGCGCGGUUCUGGCGUAUGCGCUAUCAGUUGUAUCGGGAUGUUUCCAGGCUGUGA